AUGAUCUUAGUCUAUGUUGAUGACUUGCUCAUCACUGGAGAUAAUGAGUCCAUGAUUGCAGAAGCUAAGGAGGCAUUACACCAACAAUUUAAUCUCAAGGAAUUGGGAGAGCUUAAGUACUUUCUUGAAACUGGACUUGCUGGUACAAAAAAAGCAAAUACUCCACUAGAAUCUAAUUCUAAGCUAACCUCAGUAGAGAUUGAUGAAGCUGCUGGAGUAACAAAUGAUGUGGUUUUGAAUGAUGUUACUGCUUAUCAAAGAUUAGUUGGAAAGCUCAUGUAUGCUACAAUUACUAGACCUGAUAUUAGCUAUGCUGUGCAGACAUUAAGUCAAUUUAUGAAGAUGCCUAAAAAAUCUCACUUGGAAGUAGCACACAGAGUUGUGAGAUAUCUAAAGGGAUCAGUAGGUCAGGGUAUAUGGAUGAAACCUCAAGGCAUCACAGACUUAAUUUGUUGGUGUGAUUUUGAUUGGGCAGCAUGCCCUAACACUAGAAGAUCUGUCACUAGUUAUGUGAUACAACUUGGUGGAUCACUGGUAUCUUAG